AAGUGAAAGCUGAAGCACAAACCAAACACCAAAUCUCAUUCUUCUUCUUCUUCUUCUUCUUCUUCCGGUUUUAAAAUUCAUCUGAUUUUGCAGAUCAAAUGAUGCUUGUUCGGUCGGUGUUUCGAUCUCGGAUAAGACCAUCUGUCUCUGGUGGUCUGCAAUCUGUUUCUUGCUAUUCUUCAUCUGCUGCUUCAGCUGAAGCUGAAAGGACUAUUAGAGAAGGUCCCAGAAAUGAUUGGAGUAAAGAUGAAAUCAAGUCUGUUUAUGAUUCUCCUGUUCUUGACCUCCUCUUCCAUGGAGCUCAGGUUCAUAGACAUGUUCAUAACUUCAGGGAGGUACAACAAUGUACUCUCCUCUCUAUAAAGACUGGUGGCUGCAGUGAAGACUGUUCAUAUUGUCCUCAAUCCUCGAGAUAUAGCACUGGAGUUAAGGCCCAAAGACUCAUGUCCAAGGACGCUGUCAUUGAUGCUGCAAAGAAGGCAAAAGAAGCUGGGAGCACACGUUUUUGCAUGGGUGCUGCAUGGCGAGAUACAAUUGGACGGAAAACCAACUUCAACCAGAUUCUUGAAUACAUCAAAGAAAUAAGAGGCAUGGGGAUGGAAGUUUGCUGCACCUUGGGCAUGAUUGAGAAACAACAAGCACUAGAGCUAAAGAAAGCUGGACUCACUGCCUAUAACCACAAUCUUGAUACUUCAAGAGAGUACUACCCAAACGUCAUCACUACUAGAAGUUAUGACGACCGCCUUGAAACUCUUGAGCAUGUUCGUGAAGCUGGAAUCAACGUUUGUUCAGGAGGAAUCAUAGGGCUUGGAGAGGCAGAGGAAGACAGAGUAGGUCUAUUACACACACUAGCAACACUUCCUAUGCACCCUGAGAGUGUUCCCAUUAAUGCUCUACUUGCAGUGAAAGGCACUCCUCUCGAAGACCAGAAGCCGGUUGAGAUAUGGGAGAUGAUCAGGAUGAUUGGAACCGCACGUAUUGUAAUGCCAAAAGCAAUGGUGAGAUUGUCUGCUGGUAGAGUCCGGUUCUCAAUGGCCGAGCAAGCCCUUUGUUUCCUUGCUGGUGCAAACUCUAUCUUCACGGGAGAGAAGCUUCUAACCACACCAAACAAUGAUUUUGAUGCCGACCAGCUCAUGUUCAAGACAUUAGGCCUCAUUCCUAAACCGCCAAGUUUCUCUGAAGAUAAUUCAGAAGCAGAAAACUGCGACAAAGUUGCUUCCGCUUCUCACUAAUAUCAUUAUCCACUUUUUUUUGUUUGGAGUCGGGACACUAGAAAGCUGUCCCUUUUACAAUGUAGCAUGAUUUGACGAUUUUGUGAUAACAUUGUUCGUUAAUCGUUAUUCAUAGAUGUCUAGAUUUCAUCA